AUGAGUGCUCUACUAUCAGCAGAUGAUUUAAAUGAUUUUAUAUCACCUGGUGUUGCUUGUAUAAAACCACCAGCAUCAACCAAUACCAAUACCAAUACCACCACCACUGAUUCAUAUAAUGAAAACGGAGAAGUAGAAAUUCAAAUUGAUUCACAAGGAAAUCCAUUAGAAAUAUCGAAAAUUGAUGGUAAACAAAUUCAAACCAAUCAAUUAACUCCAGCACAAAUUUCAUUAGCUGAUUGUCUUGCCUGUUCUGGUUGUAUAACAUCAGCUGAAGAAGUUCUUGUAGCUCAACAUUCUCAUCAAGAAUUGAUUAAAGCAUUACAAUCACCAACCAAAAAUAAAGUAUUUGUUGUUAGUAUAUCUCAUCAAUCACGAGCAUCAUUAGCAAUGGCAUAUAAUGUAACCAUUGAAAUUAUGGAUAAAUUAUUGAUUAAUUUAUUUAUUAAACAAAUGGGAUUUACUUAUAUAAUAGGAACAUCAUUAGGAAGAAAAUUAUCAUUAAUUAAUGAAGCAAAAGAAGUUAUCAAUAGGAAAACUGAAGAGGGACCUAUAUUAUCAUCGAUUUGUCCUGGUUGGGUAUUAUAUGCUGAAAAGACUCAUCCUUAUAUAAUCCCAAAAUUAUCAACUAUAAAAUCACCACAACAAAUUACUGGAUGUUUAUUGAAAAAUUUAACCUGUGAAGCAUUACAAAUAGAUAAAUCAGAAAUAUAUCAUUUAUCAAUUAUGCCAUGUUUUGAUAAAAAAUUAGAAAGUGCCCGACCAGAAAUUUAUGACAAUGAAAAUGAAGAAGAUAAAUCAAUACUGAUUUCUGUUCCUGAUGUUGAUUGUGUUAUAACUGCUAAAGAAUUAAUUACAUUAUUAGAAGAAUGUCCCCAAUAUCAAUUAAUUCCACCACAACCAACACAACCAACCUUAGGUGGUGAUUUGGAUUUAUCGGUAACAGAAAUUUAUAAACAAUAUGCCCCACCCAAUUGGCCAUUUAUAGAAUAUUCAUGGUCAAAUGAUUCAGGAUCAUCAUCAGGAGGAUAUGCUUAUAAUUAUUUAAAUAUUUAUCGAAAUGAUUUAGUAUUGAGAAAAGGUUAUGAUCCAAAUAAAUUUACUAUAAAUUUAAUUAAUGGACGUAAUUCUGAUAUUUAUGAAAUGAGAUUAAUUUAUGAUAGUAAAGAAACAUUAGCUAGUGCUGCUGUAGUUAAUGGAUUUAGAAAUAUUCAAAAUUUAGUAAGGAAAUUGAAACCAAACACUAAUAAAUCAAUGAAUAAUAAGAUUAAUCCAUUGGUAGCUAGAAGAAGAGCAAGAAUGAUCAAUCGAGGUAAAUCAGAAUCCAUUUCUCAAGAAAUUGAAAUUGAAAUUGCUGAUGCUUCAAAAGUUGAUUAUGUUGAAAUUAUGGCAUGUCCAAAUGGUUGUAUUAAUGGAGGUGGUCAAAUUAACCCUCCAACAACCACAACCAUCUCCAAUACAACUGGGUUACCACAAAAAGAAAUUGAAAAACAAUGGAUUAAUAAAGUAUUAGAUAAAUAUAAUACUAUCCCGAUAUUAUUUGAUUUAAGUUUACCAUCAACUUCUUCAUCAUUAGAAAUCAUGAAAUACAUUGAAUGGAGUGAAAAUUUUGAGAAACAUUUUAAUAUUAGUAAUGAUCGAUUAUUUAAAAUAAGUUUUAAUCCUAGAGAAAACAAAUCCACCGGCACCGCCACCACCACUGAUGAUAAUAAUGAUCCUGCUGCUACUGCUUUAUUAGUUGGAUCUAAAUGGUAA